UUAUAACGUCAAAUACAUUUUAAAAAUAAAAUUAUAUUUAUUUCGUGUUGUAAUUAUUCUACCGCUAAUUGUAUUUCGCGAGCAAAAAUUGAAUGUGAAAAUUAUUUUAAAAUGUUUUAAAUGUCAUUCACGAAACGCCGCUCUUCACUGUUUCUUCCUUCAGGAGUGUGGCCACACCGACAGAACCACCGACGUCUCACUCUUUUUCUUUUUUUUCGUAGAAAUGACUGUUUAAAAUGACUAUAAAAUGAAGCACAAAAUAAUUGAAAAUGCUGUUUGGGUUUUUCCCUGUGUUGUUUCCUACCAUUUAAUCUGUUGUCAUUAGUCUUUUCAGUCACGGAGGGGGUUGGCACCGACAACUCUGCUGCGUAAAAAUAAGGGAAAAAGAAAAAAGAAAAAAAAACUCGCGUGAGUUAAAGUGGAGUGAGAGCCAGAGCCCACACAGACUGAGAUCAAUGUCUUUAAGCUCAUUUUCUGCUCACUCUUCUUCUCUGCUCUAAGUUGAGCCACACGACAGCAGCAACAGCAACAACAGCAUCAGCAACAGCAUCAGCAACAGCAUCAGGCCAACGUCUUUUCUCCAAACCGUAAAAGAGCAGAGUUUGUUUUUUUUUUUUGUCUUCUGGAGCAAAGACCCGUCUGAGACUGAAGUAAAACUUUUGCAGCAGCAGCAGCAGCAGCAGCAGCAGCAGCAGUGACCCUGCGGCCGCCGCCUGGUUGGUGAACUCACAUUCACAAAGAAUGAUGUCACAUGAAAAAAGCCACAAGGAGACCUGGGAUUUACCAAAUACCUUCCAGUUGAGCAGGAGUCCUGCGAAGUAAAGGACAACCUCCUCUCCAUCACCUCCUCCUCCGCCUCCGCCUCCUCCUCCUACACCACCUCUUCUCCCACCUCUUCCAGCGGCGAAAAGUGUUGAAAAAUCGACGGAGGCGAAUUGGAGCAAAUUAUCCACUUUUCCGCCCGCAUUGCUGAGACGCAACGAUCGUCGAGGUCUCGGCUUCACCGCACGCCGUUAUCGAGCGAUCCGCAGCCGCCGUCCUUCUUCCGUCAAUAAGCCGUGCUUCGGAGGGAGGCUUCCCCAGCACAUGAUGCCCUCUCCCGCGGGCCGGUAAGGAGCAGCCUCCUCCUCCCUCCUUCCCUCCCUCUCUUCAGCCUCCGGCUCCCGUCCAACAGUUCCUUGUCCUCGUUGUUGCUCCGCGGUUGAUGCGGAGAUGAUGGACGGACCUCUCCGCCGCCCAGCGGGGAUCCUCGGCUCCCCCCCGGCUUCUGGGAGCCAGCCCGCGGGCUCUGACAUGAUCAGCACCGGCGGAAGCAGCGCCACCAACAAGCCCCUCGCCUUCUCCAUCGACCGGAUUAUGGCCAGGACUCCCGAACCCAGGUCGAUACAGCUCCCCGGGUGGUUCCAGUCCACCCCCGUGGGGAAGCCCGACAUGUGUCCGUCCUCCCUGCACUGUAUGAUCCCACUGGUGCCGCUGGGCUACGAACCGGGCCACAGGCUCAGCAUCACCGGGCUGGACGCGGGACACUUGGACGCGUCCUCUGUCGCUGCCCCGGCAGACUUUUUAGGUUUCGGCUUGAACUGUAAGAACCAGCAGGAGGACCCGGCCGUGACCCACACCUCCGGUCAGUACAAACUCUUCAGACCUCGGGUCGUCAACCAAUCCACUUUCCCCACGUUGGGCGCCGUGUGUUACCUGAACUGCAGCGGUGACGGCGGCGUGUGUCCACCGUCCACCGGGCUCGUCAACCUCCACCCGAUGGCCUCGUAUCUGUUCAGCGCCCGCCACAAAGCCUUCAUGGCGGAGAAGAGCAAAGCGGGCCACCAUCAGGCCGGGGAGCGGUACGGCGUGUCCGGCGUCCAGGCCUUCAAGGACCUGUCCCAGAGCCAGAUCCAGCACUACAUGAAGGAGCGGGACCAGAUCCUCACCGACAAGAUCUUUAAGGAGUCCGCGGGCGCCGCGGUUCGACUGAACGGGUCGUGUCCCGGAAACAAGCCCAAAGUUUUCACCUGUGAGGUCUGCGGAAAAGUGUUUAACGCUCACUACAACCUGACCCGCCACAUGCCCGUGCACACAGGCGCGCGUCCGUUCGUGUGCAAAGUUUGCGGCAAAGGCUUCAGACAGGCGAGCACUCUGUGCAGACACAAGAUCAUCCACACUCAGGAAAAACCGCACAAGUGUAACCAGUGUGGGAAAGCCUUUAACCGCAGCUCCACCCUCAACACGCACUCACGCAUCCACGCGGGAUACAAGCCGUUUGUCUGCGAGUUCUGCGGCAAAGGGUUUCAUCAGAAAGGCAACUACAAGAACCACAAGCUGACACACAGCGGAGAGAAGCAGUUCAAGUGUUCCAUCUGCAGCAAGGCGUUCCACCAGGUGUACAACCUCACCUUCCACAUGCACACGCACAACGACAAGAAGCCCUUCACCUGCCCCACCUGUGGGAAAGGCUUCUGCAGGAACUUUGACCUGAAGAAACACGUGAGGAAGCUGCACGACCCGGCCAGCCCCCAGUCCCCGCUGCAGACCUGAGAGACUCUGGACUCAGAACCCCGCGUCCUUCCACCUCUCAGCC